UCAUUCUGGCACACAGGAGUUGGGAGUAGAAAGCAUGGAAAAGCUAAGUGGGUGAAGGAAGUGGAGUUCUCCACUCUCCGCCUUCUCUGACACUUCUCAUAAAUAGGUAUUACUAAGCUUUCAUCUAAAGACUCGCAGCAGAAAGUCACCUCGGCUUCGGUGUAGAACAACUAUUAUUUUACCAGCCGUUGUUUAUCACUAAUAAUAUACAGAUUUUUCAUUGGUUUUGACUUUAUAUUCCUCUGGUUCAGCUAGGUAGUCGAUCUGUUCUAGUGCGUGGAUCCGGCAGUUUCCUAUCCAACUUUGAGCGCCGUGUUGCGCUCAGAGCAGCGGAGUAGUAGCCACUCGCUCGGUGUUGACGGCUUCUUAAACAGCUUUUGCGUUGCUUUCCACACCGUCAGGACUUUAUGUGACUCAACCUCAAAGACAUGCAAAUACUCCAAAAUCCAUAUUAAUACCUGACAUUUUGUAAUCCUGGGAAAAUAUCCAGCUGGGCGAUUCAGGACACAACAGAAAUCGAAUUGUUUCAGGGAAGAGAAACGAUAUAUUUCAUAUUUGUUAUUCUUCAGCUGAUACUUUUGCGUAGACAGUGGAUUUUGAUUCUGAAAAGAGAAAAUAAACGACAGUGUCCACGAUGAGCAAACCGGCAGGUUCAACAAGUGGGUGUCUGGAUAUUCUAAAUGUUAAAUCAAGUCGUAUCCUGGAUAUCCCGUGUAAAGUAUGUGGUGACCGGAGCUCUGGGAAACACUACGGUGUGUACGCGUGUGAUGGCUGCUCAGGUUUUUUCAAGAGGAGCAUCCGCAGAAACAGAACAUAUGUCUGCAAAUCAGGCUCUCAGGGAGGAUGCCCCGUGGACAAAACGCACAGAAACCAAUGCCGAGCGUGCCGCUUGAAAAAGUGUCUCGAAGUGAACAUGAAUAAAGACGCCGUCCAGCAUGAGAGGGGUCCAAGGACGUCCACCAUCCGCAAGCAGGUUGCCCUAUAUUUCCGGGGGCACAAAGAGGUGAACGGUUCAUCUACCCACUUCCCAGGCUCGAGCCUACCAGGGCCGCCGUUUUUCACUACCGUCACGCAACUGGAGCCACAUAACUUGGAGAUAAGCACCGUAGCCAGUACGCCGGAGAGACAGGGCAUCGUGGGACUUGCCCAGCCCACCCCGAAGUACCCUCACGAGGUCAGCGGCACGCCUAUGUACCUCUAUGAGGUGGCUACUGAGUCCGUGUGUGAGUCAGCCGCGCGCCUGCUGUUCAUGAGCAUCAAGUGGGCCAAGAGCGUGCCCGCUUUUUCCACGCUCCCCCUACCUGACCAGCUGAUCCUGCUAGAGGAUGCCUGGAGGGAAUUAUUUGUUCUGGGCAUUGCACAGUGGGCCAUUCCAGUGGACUCCAACACCCUACUUGCUGUUUCCGGUAUGAACACAGACAACACGGAAGCACAGAGGUUGAAUAAGAUAAUAUCAGAAAUACAAGCCCUGCAAGAGGUCGUUACCCGCUUCAGACAGCUGCGUCUGGACGCAACCGAGUUUGCCUGUUUGAAGUGCAUCGUGACAUUCAAAGCUGCAGUGCCAACACAUGGAGGAUCAGAACUGAGGAGUUUCCGCAACGCCAGUGCUAUUGCCGCACUACAGGAUGAGGCACAGCUCACCCUUAACAGUUACAUACACACCAGAUAUCCAACUCAGCCCUGCCGCUUUGGGAAGCUGCUCCUACUGCUACCAGCUCUGCGGUCAGUCAGUCCAUCCACCAUAGAAGAAGUCUUUUUUAAAAAGACAAUUGGGAACGUGCCCAUCACAAGGCUCCUCUCUGACAUGUACAAAUCAAGCGAUAUAUGAGUUUAUUUCCACCAAAAUCAACAUGACGCAUAUAAGCCUCCAGUGUCUGCAAAAGCUCACAGGCACAAACGUUGUAGAGAGCGUGUGGGAAGUUGAACAAGCAGAACAUUUAAAAAAGAUUCACACCGAAGUAAUUUAAAAAAUAACUGACAUUGAAAACACUGUACAACAGCUUGAUUUUAUCAGGUAGAAAAAUAAUCUUUGGGGUAGGCUUAUGUUUUAUGGAUGUCAUUUUCCCAAUAGAAUCUCCUAGCCAAUCUAAGUAGGAUAUGAUUUCACAAAAAACUGAAAUCUUUGUUUUACAUAUAAGGAAAAUCUGCUGUUGGAAAGAGCCAUUUGUGUGAAAUAGAUUUCUGAGCAUCUCUAAGACCAAUGAGCUUUACGACCAAUGCCCAUCGAAUCUUUUAUUGCAUUGUUCAAUCCGAGGGAAUGGAUGAAACCAAAAAAAAAAAAAGAAGAAAGGAUGCACAACGUAAUCCACAAUCAGAUUUGAUAUGGGUUGCUGUCCCCUUGACCCAGUGCUGAAACCAAAAGGCUGUGGAGCAUCACAGCUGCCUGCGUGAAGAGGAUGGCAGGCUACAUCACCUCAGAGUGGGGCAAGCCGAAAGUCCUAAAUGAGCUCGUGACAAUCCAUGCACUCAGAAAGAAAUGAAGGGCACGAGCACAUUAAAGGACUUGACAAAGGCUCUUGAAUUGAGAAAUAAAAUGACUAAUUGAAAUGCGCCAGUUUUGGUCUUCAAGAACGAAAUGUCGCCUGUUUGCAUUUAUGUCGGUGUGCAGAGAAGCAUUAAAGUUAUUACUUUAGACACUAACUUGGGGGGGGGAAUUUCAGCACUUGGAUUUGUGAAUUAUGUUGUUGGCUGUAAAUACAUUCUCUGUUGUAAAAAGUGGGAGAUUCUGUGAGAGUUGUACUGAAAUAUAUUAGAAAAUUAAAUGAUAUUGAAAUUUG